AUCAUUCAUCCUUCAUUCAUCCUUCCUCUAUGCACACGUUACAGCAGAAUUGGACACAACAAAGUAUCAAAACGACGCCGUAUUGCCCGCCCGCUCUCGAAGGACGACGACUGCGGCGAAAAUGGGGCACGGAGGUUACGGCAAGCGCCGAACAGCCGCCGCGGAGCGGAAGAAUCCCCACGGCCAGCGCCGUCCCAAAGCCCUAGCUGUUGACAAGAAAUCCAAGGCCGCCGUCAAGCCCAAAGCGGUCUCCCUCAAAAACCAGAUUCGCUCCAUUGAGCGCAUGCUUCGCAGAGAAUUGCCUCAAGAAGUAAAGGAAACUCAGGAAAAGAAGUUGGAGGAACUCAAGAAACAACAAGAGAUUCACACUCGACUGGCUGUGGAACGUAAGAUAUUUUUACGGAACAGAAAGAUUCGAUUUUUCGAAAGAAGAAAGAUUGAGCGAAGGUUAAGAAGGUUGGAGAAGCAGCUGAGGACUUUGACGAGUCAGGCCCAGGAAGCAGACAUUGCCGAGCAACUCUCUAAAUUGAAAGAAGACCUUGAAUACGUUCGGUUCUUCCCAAAGACGGAGAAGUAUGUCUCAUUAUUUAUGGGAGGUGACGAGGCAGAGAUUGUGGAAAAAAGAAACAAUUUGCGAAAGCAAAUAAAGGCUAAUCUGAUUGCUGCUGCAGCAAGUGGAAAGGAUUUGGAAGAAACAGGGAGCGAGGACGACGGGCUAUUGGAUCCCAGUGAGGAUGAUUUCUUCUUACACGGGAGCUCUAGUGAUGCAUCUGAAGCAGAUGACGAAUGGAGUGCACGGGAGCAAGCCUCUAGUGCCUCGGGUAAAGCUGCAUCGGGGAUGUCCAGUGACGAAAGAAAUCAGAAGCAGAUUUCUGCUCGUGCUCUAAUGCCACCUCCCGGCCCGUCCGGAAAGCCAUUUUCAAAUCUGAUGAAAAACAAAUCAAGAUUCGCAGCAUCCUCGAGUAAGAAACCAUACAACCGAACUGCUGGAAUAUCCACAUCCAGCAACACAUCCAGCAGCCUCGGCAUAUCGUCGUUCCGGAACAAAGUCCCCGUGGAUUCCACCACCAACAGUGGCAACUUAAGCUCCAACUCAGAUGCCCGGAAGCCCCGGAGAAAGAGGAGGUCGAAGAAGAAGAAACAGCAAUAGGUAUGAAUUGAAUACCGAAUUUCAAAUUCCGAGGUACGGAUUAUUCGCAUUAAUUUGAAUCUCUAAUGUUAGGUACUCAGAAAAAGUUUUGAUCUUGUCUCAGUUGUCGUGUGUUCCUUUUGGUCUUUGCAUUCUGCAGCGCCGUUACUUUCAAACCCCUCCCUGUGCUCGUGUAUUUGAAAUUUCAAAAAAUCGAUUAUCUGGUU